CGGCGCCUGCGAGGCCGCUCCCGCUGCGGGCCCGGCCGGGGAGCGGGCGCGGGGCCGCGGCGCGGCUCUUUGUGCGCCGGGCCGAGGAGCGGCGGGACGCGGGCCAGGCCGCCUCCUGCUCGCCGCCGCCGAGCUCCGGGCCCGAGGCCGAGGAGGGGGCGUCGGGGCACCGUCCGGCCCCCUCUCGGCGGCGCCCCGGCCGGCUCCAUUUUGUGCGGGGAGCCGGGCGGGGGCAUUGGCCCGGACCCCGGUCCCGACCCUGCGCCCUUGGCCGGGCUGCCGCGCGGAGUCCCCGGGGGCGUCCCCCUCCCGCCCGCCGGCUGGCCCGCGGGGCCAUGGCGGGGCCGGGCCGCUUUGUCUGCCCCGGCGCCCCGGGCGCGGCGGGCGGGCGGGCGGCAGGCGUUGGGCGCGGGCCCGGGCCCGGGCCCUGGGCGGGCGAGUCGGGGGAUGCGCGCCAGGGGCGGCCGCCCCGCACCGGCGGGACUGACAGUCGGCCGGGCCGGGCGGUGGGGCCGGGGCCAGCCCGCGCACCUUCGUGGGGAGGAAGCGAGGUCCCCGGGAGGAAGGAGUGGAUUUGGUUUCCCCGCAGUCUGGCUUACACGUAAAGAAUGCAGCCAUCUGGCGGCUUGCGGUCCCUGGACUUGCCCCGAAGGUGGGAAGGAAGCCUUUCGGAUUGGACUAAGGUUGAAAUUGGGUGAAGGGUAGACACCUUUUAGACAGGUGUUCCUGAAUACCACUGGCAACACGGUUCUGACAGUAUUUCAUAACAAUGGAUGGCGACAGUGCUACAACAGACGCUUCUCAGCUAGGCAUCUCUGCGGACUACAUCGGAGGAAGCCACUAUGUGAUACAGCCCCACGAUGAUACGGAGGACAGCAUGAAUGACCAUGAAGACACAAAUGGUUCAAAAGAAAGUUUCAGAGAACAAGAUAUAUAUCUUCCAAUUGCAAACGUAGCAAGGAUAAUGAAAAACGCCAUACCUCAAACGGGAAAGAUUGCAAAAGAUGCCAAAGAAUGUGUUCAGGAAUGUGUAAGUGAGUUCAUCAGCUUUAUAACAUCUGAAGCAAGUGAAAGAUGCCAUCAGGAGAAACGGAAGACAAUCAACGGAGAAGAUAUUCUCUUUGCCAUGUCUACCUUAGGCUUCGACAGUUAUGUAGAACCUCUAAAAUUAUACCUUCAGAAAUUCAGAGAGGCUAUGAAAGGAGAGAAAGGAAUUGGUGGAGCAGUCACAACUACAGAUGGAUUAAGUGAAGAACUUACAGAGGAGGCAUUUACUAACCAGUUACCAGCUGGCUUAAUAACUGCAGAUGGUCAACAACAGAAUGUUAUGGUUUAUACAACGUCAUAUCAACAGAUUUCUGGUGUUCAGCAAAUUCAGUUUUCAUGAUCUGAAGAAAUGGUGGAAUGGGAGUGGAGAGAAGUGAGUCUGUACGAUUCCGGAACCAGAGACAUUAGAAGGAAAUGACUGGGGGAAGAUGUCUCUUUGUAUAUUAAAUAGCUGUAAUGUAGCUUCCUGAUGCUUGACUAAUUGAGGUGUUAAUUCUGACUUGAGAAUCUUUUUCAUGAAUGAUUUUAAAGAAAAAUUUGGAUUUUAAAGGUAUUAAAAUAUUUUUGUUUUGUACGAGAGUUUGUCGCUCUGUAUGACUCCUGUAUGCAUUGUAUAUUGCAAUUUAUUACUGUCAGAGAUUUGUAGACAGUUUCUUAUUUUCAUAUUGAAUCAUGUUACUUUUGUAAUUCAAGUAAGCAGCUGGGUUAAUUCAUGAUGUUUGCCCUUUUAAUAAAAUAUAAGGGUAGAGUUCA